CAGAAAGAGUUCCUCUCAGAACUCCAAAUCCCCGCCAAAUUCCAACGAUCUCUCCGUGUGUGAUGAACCUCUCGUACGCAUGCAAAACAUUUGCCCUCACAACCUCCCGUUCUUACACUUGCGCCACUGCUGUCCACCUUCCCCUGAAUCUCCUCCAUUUUCUUCAGCUUGCAGGAACCCACCAUUCCCUUUCGCUCGCCGAACAAGUUCACGCCCACAUUCUCACUCAUGGCCUCCAACAAAACCCUUUCCUCGCCACAAAGCUCAUCUCUGCUUAUGCACUCUGCGGAAAGCCGACCGAGUCGAAACUCGUCUUCGACUCGGUUCCUCUCAAGAGUGUGUAUUUAUGGAACUCACUGAUUAACGGGUAUGUGAAGAAUUGUGCGUACAAUGAAGCUUUUGAGCUGUUUGUGGAAAUGUGCAAUAGUUAUGUAUUACCGGAUGAUUAUACCUUGGCGACCAUGGCGAAAGUUUCCAGCGAGGUUCGGGACUUGGCUACCGGAAAGUAUGUUCAUGGGAAGGGUUUGAGAGCCGGGUUUGUCUUGGAUACCGUUGUUGCGAAUUCUCUGAUGUCUUCGUAUUAUAAAUGCGGGAGGAUUGAUGAGUGUCGGAGACUGUUCGAUGAAAUGCCUCAAAGAAAUGUGGGGUCUUGGAAUGCGUUAAUAGCGGGGUAUACAAGUUCUUUGGAUCAUAAUUUUGAUAAGGAAAUUUGGGAAAUUGCUAUAUCCAUGGUGAUGAAUGGGGUGAAACCUGACGGAUUUACUGUUUCGAGUCUUUUGCCUAUGUGUGGAGGGCAUGAUAUCAGGAAAUGGGAUCAUGGGAGGGAACUUCAUUGUUAUGUUGUGAAGUAUGAAUUGGAUUUCGGGUGGGUUUCGGAUGUUCAUCUUGGGUGUUGUUUGAUUGAUAUGUAUUCUAGGAGUGAUAGAGUAGCUUCGGCUAGGCGGGUAUUUGACCACAUGAAGUGUAGAAAUGUUUAUGCUUGGACGGCGAUGGUCAAUGGCUAUGUGCAGAAUGGCGCUCCUGAUGAAGCUUUGGUUCUUUUUCAAAAGAUGCAGGUGGAAGAUGGGGUACAACCCAAUAGAGUAUCACUUGUGAGUGUCCUCCCUGCUUGUAGUUCGCACAUUGGUUUAAUGGGCGGAAAACAAAUUCAUGGAUUUGCUAUCAGGAAGGAAAUGAGUCGUGAAGUAGCUUUGUGUAAUGCUUUAAUCGAUAUGUAUUCGAAAUGUGGGAGCUUGGAUUUUGCAAGGCAAGUGUUUGAGGAUGAUUCUUUUUCCAAGGAUGCAAUCUCUUGGAGCUCAAUGAUUUCAGGAUAUGGAUUACAUGGAAGGGGUGAGGAAGCCCUUGAUGUGUAUAAUAAGAUGCUCCAUCUUGGAAUCAAACCCGACCCAAUAACAAUCGUUGGGCUCCUUUCUGCUUGUGGAAGGUCAGGAUUGGCAAAAGAAGGCCUUUCCAUAUAUAGCUCUGUAACAGCUGAUUUUGGAAUUAAACCAACGGUGGAGAUGUGUGCUUGUGUGGUGGAUCUGUUAGGCCAAUCAGGAGAGCUUGAUCGAGCAUUAAAUUUCAUCAAAACGAUGCCUGUAGAACCUGGUCCAAGUGUUUGGGGGGCCUUAGUUACUGCUUCUGUGUUGCAUGGGAAUCAUGACAUGCAAGAUCUAGCUUAUAGAUUCCUUAUUCAAGUAGAACCCAGAAACCCUUCUAACUAUAUUUCACUUUCAAAUUUUUAUGCAUCGUCUAGGAGAUGGGAUGCUGUAGCGGAAAUGAGAAGAGUGAUGAAAGAAAGAGGUUUAAAGAAGGAGCCCGGAUGCAGUUGGAUAAGCAUUAAUUCCAAGACUCAUUGUUUCUAUGUUGCUGAUAAAUUACAUCCUCGUUCGAUUUCAAUCUAUGAGAUGCUGGAUUACCUCAUCUUAGCAAUGAAGGGAGCCUGCUCUUCUGAAGCGUUUGAACAUCCAGCAUAGAUUGUAUCUGAUGGGGAUAGAUGCCAGCGAUAGUAUUGCAGGUACCAUUUAGAUUUAGUGAUGUAAUGAUUGUUGUUAGUUGCUUACCAUCUUUUUCUCCUGAGAACGAAAUCCGAAUACACAAAUUUCCUUUUUAGUUUCAGCAUGAUUCCCAUUGGCGUGACUAUCCUAACAAAUAGUAAUAGAGAGAUGAAGUGCAAAACCCUUGUCAAUUUGAUUAAGUAGAUGGUAAACUUGAGAAGAUCUUGAUUAAGUAGAUGGCAACUUGCCUACAAGAAGCCGAAACCCCUUGCAGUUCGUGGCAGUUAGUAGGAUUUCUCGUUGCAAAUAUCACAUCGGUUGUCAUACGAGAAAUACACAGAUUUCCAUUGAGAGAUUACGUUAUGAGCUUGAAAUACAUUGUUUGCCCCGUCUCCUUCCGGCUUGAGUUUGACACCCUUCAAGCCCCAUUCCACACUUCUCUGUUGGCAAGAUGGAGAUACAAGCCCACAACUAUGUGUAACUUAUUGUCUAAUAUUGGUCUAAUAGUAAAUUAUUGUAUACAUUUCCAACUAAAUAAGAGGUCGCUUGACACCCAUUUUAUUUUCAA